CCAUCGUCACCGCUGUCACCAGUCGUCACCGUCACCGCUGCCGCCUGCCCCACCGUCUGCCGCUGCGCCGGCGGCCGUGUCUACUGCAACGACCGGGGGUUGACGGCCAUUCCCGAGGGCCUCCCCGCCGGCGCUACCACCCUCUUCCUCCAAAACAACCGGAUCGGCGACGCUGGCAUCCCGGCGCGUUUGGGUCACUUAUCGGCGUUAAAAGUUUUAUAUCUCUACGCUAACGCCUUGGAGCAAUUGCCGGCGUAUCUGCCGCCGGCGCUGCGGGAGCUGCACCUCCAGGAGAACAACGUCCGCGGGUUGUGCCGACGGGCGCUGGCAAGAGCGCCGCUGCUGGAGCGCUUGCACCUGGACGACAACUCGGUCUCGGCCGCCGGCAUCGAAGAAGACGCCUUUGCCGAAAAUCGUCGCUUACGGCUACUGUUUUUAUCCCGCAAUCACCUCAGCAGCGUCCCGCCGGGACUGCCGCCGGCGCUGGAGGAGCUGCGGCUGGACGACAACCGGAUCCACACCAUCCCCCUCCGCGCCUUCGAGGGUCUGCCGGCGCUUCGGCGCUUGGUGCUGGACGGGAACCUGUUGGCCAACCAGCGGAUGGCGGACGACACCUUCAGCCGGCUGGUCAACCUCAGCGAGCUCUCGUUAGGGCGAAACGCGUUAGCCGCGCCACCGGCCAACCUCCCCCGCGCUCGCCUGCGCCGGCUGUCCCUCGCCGCCAACGCCAUCAGCCACGUCCCCGCCGGCACCUUGGCGCGGAUGCGCUCGCUGGAGCGGCUGGAUUUGUCGGACAACAACCUGACGACACUGCCGCGGGGGCUGUUCGACGACCUGGGGAGCCUGAGCCACCUGGGGCUGCGGAACAACCCCUGGUUCUGCGGCUGCAACUUGGCCUGGCUGAGGGACUGGCUACGCCGGCGGGCGCCGCAGGGGCUGGAGGUCAAGGGGCUGCUGUGCCAGGCGCCGGCGCGGUUACGGGGGCUGGCGGUGGGGGACUUGAGGGGGGAGAUGGAUGCUUGUGACCCCCCCGCUGCGCCGGGCGCUGCCGCCGCGGCACCAGGUGUCGUGGCGGCAUCGCCGGGCGCCGCGGCAUCGCCCGGUGUCGUGGCGGCGUCACCGGGCACCGCGGUGGGCGGCGCCGGGGGUCCCAGCAUCGACGGGUGGUCUGUGGCUCCAAGCGGCACCGGGGGGGUCUCUGAGGGUCCGGUGGCCCCCAGCCCCCCCCGGCGCUCCUUACGGUUGAGUUGGCUCCGGCCGGGGGGGGGGGCGGUGACGGAGACGUUGGUGCGGGGGGAGCGGGGGGAGUACGUGGUGACGGCGUUACAGCCACGCGCCGCUUACCGCGUCUGUCUGUCCGCCCUCGACCCCCCCGGCAUCGCCACCCCCCCGCUUUGCGCCCAGGCUCGCGCCGGCGGUGAGACCACCCCCGUGUCACCGGGACCCCCCCCGCCAAGGGACGCCCCCCCCGCGCUACCCCCGGCAGCGGCGGCGGGGGGGGCGGCAGCGGCGGCAGCUGGGGUGGUCUUGGGGGUCUUGGGGGGAUGGUGGAAGAGGAGGAGGAGGGGGGGUGGGGGGGCUCCCCCCCCACCCCCCAAGAUUGGGGGGGGGCUGCCGCUAAGACCCCUGCGGCCCCCCUGAGGAGGGUGGCAUCCGCACCGUCUUCCCUCCCCCUCCCCCCCCCGCCGCCGCCCCCUCCCCCCCCGCUGCCCCCCCCCGGCGCUCGGGGGUACCGGGGGGGGCGGGUGCCCCAUGGUGUUGGCGGGGGAGCGGGGUCCUGAGGGGGUAGCCCCUCUUUCUGGGACCCUCCCUAUGCUACGGACCCCCCCCCGGGGAUAUGGCAGGGGACACCCCUGUUUUGAGGACAUUUGGGGGGAUCCCCCUGGGGUUUUGGGGAGGAGGGGUCCCCCUGCCCCUCCCCCACCUCCCUUUUUGGGGCAUUUUGGCUUUUUUUUAAGGUGUUUUUUCGGCGCCGCUGCUUUUUAGGGGGAGAAAAGGUGGAUUUGGGGCAGGAACGGUUUGGGGGGAGAGGACCCAGGUGUCCGGGACCCCCACGACCCCCAAGAGGACCCAGGCGUCCAGGCCUGGACGAGAGACCAUGGUGGGGGGAGAUGGGGGGGAGUGCCAGGGGACCCAGGUGUGGGGGGGGGGACACCCAGGUGUCCGGCCCCCCCCCCAGCGCGGCUUCGGGGCGGGUCUGCGCAUAUCAAAGUGCCCCCCUCCCCCCUCGCGAGGUGCCUUCACCCCUCCCCCCGCCCCCAGCCGUUGCAAUUGGGGGAAAAGGACCAAAAUCAGGAAAAAUCGACCCAAAGGGCCGAGGGGCACCCCUCCCCCCCAAUAAACCCAGCGGCUCCUUUUCCCGCCGGCGCCUCUUUCCUGGACACCUGGGUCUGCCGGCGGGGGGGUGGGGGGAGAGCGUGCACACGCGUGUGCAACGGGGGGGUGCACACGUGCGUGUGCUGAGGGG